AUGCCAAUUGCACCUCAGAAAUGGAUAUUGUGGGAACUUGGGCAGGUGUUACAGGAGUUUCAUGUCAAGAACUGGAUAUAUAUUGGUAAUAUACAUCAGCCUGCUCAUCAGAUCCAGGCACUAACCAAGUUCCCUCUUUUAAAUGUCAAGUCUGAUAAUGUUAUGGUUGAUUACCGUUACAAUCAGGCUGCACCGGAAAGGGUUGUGCUAGGUGAUCUAGACUGCUCCUUGAAGCUAAAAGGCGACAAACUUCUUCGGCUCCCAGACGGAGUCAAAAUAGGAAAUGUCAUGUGGUGCAGGCAGGGGAUUGGCAAAUCGUUGGAUGUAUUCUUUUAUGAGCUUGUGUGUCUGUACACCAAUCACCGAUGUGGAAACUCUGCACCCGGAUUUCAAGCAGUUAAAGAGAGACAUGAUUGA